AUGAAUAGCAGGUCUGUUCCAGCAGCUGCGCGUCCCGGUCCGCGAAGGGAGUCUCCAGGAGCACGGAGUGCCCCGCUCCGCGCGCUGGCUGCAGGGGAAGAAACCUGGGGUGAAAGGAUGGCCUCAGAAGGGGAAAGCAGCAAUCUUCGAGCCGUGAAUCCUCACCUCCAGAUCAACGGGCCGAUGAACAUCAACCACUACGCGACAAAGAAGAGUGUGGCGGAGAGCAUGCUGGACGUGGCACUCUUCAUGGCAAACGUCACACAGCUCAAGGCGGUGCUGGAGCAGGGGCCUUCCUUCCAGUACUACGCCACCCUCAUCGUGCUCAUCAGCAUCUCCCUCUUCUUCCAGGUGAUGAUUGGGAUUCUCCUCAUCAUCACCGCUCGUUUGAACCUGAAUGAUGUCGCAAAGCAACCCCGCCUGAAUAUACUCAACAAUGCUGCAACAGCUCUCAUCUUCAUCACAGUCAUCCUCAACAUUUUCAUCACAGCCUUUGGGGUGCAGAAGACUGGCCUUUACCCUACCAGGAAUUUUCGACCUUAUUAAGUCAUGAGGCAAUGGAGUCAGG